AUGGCUCAAACAAUCCCAUUUUCACUACCGUUUCUUCGCUCACACUCAAUCUUCAUUCCCCCUUCUUCUUCUUCGUCGUCCACCUCUCUAGAUGAAGAAUGGGAAUUGGUGGACAGACCGACAGACGACCUGGUCGGUCAAAAAUAUACCAGGAUGACAAUAAGGGAUAAAGAUCUGCUGGUGGCCAUGGGGAGAGAGGUGCGAAUGAUGUCACUUGCAAAUUCAGAAGGUGGAUGGGAGGUGAAAGAUGGUCAAGUGGGAUCUUACAAGACGCUGAAAUCUCCUAGCUUGACUUUCUCCAUCAAUCACAUCAUACCCAAUCCGUCGGGUAGGCUACUGGCUGUGGUAGGCCAUCAUCAGGUAGUUGUUGUCGUUUUACCGAAAACCAGCUAUUCAAGCUCGUCAGGUGAUGUGGAGUGUCGUGCUAUACGAGUUGACGAGUUCCAAUUCUCUCCCUCAUCGAAUGAUACCAUCUCGAAAGUAUCAUGGCAUCCUUGGGGAGAAGGAGGAAAUUCGCUGUGGGUGUUAACUACUGAUGGAAAGCUUCGGGAAUACGAUGUUCUCCAACCUCACGACGCUGUGCAAACGUUCAACUUCCUUCCUGAGCGAACCUCUUCAUCGUCCGCCAAGUUCACAGCCGUUGACCCUCUUUCUCGUUAUGCCUCUUCUUUCGCCUUUUCGAUUGGCCCCAUAGAUUUCUCGCCACUGAUGGUCUACGUUUUGCUCGCCAACGGGGACAUCUAUACGAUGGGGCCUGUUCUUCCUUUACACUCUGAAAUGCCAAUUCGUUACUUGCAAGGAUUAAAAGCUUAUUCUGAGAGAAGGUUGGCUAGGAUUCAGAGCGAAGCUAAAGAUGUAUUUGGAGCCACUGAAGCUGGAUUAGGAAGAGUGACAUCUCAAGCUCAAUGGGUAGAAUCAUUGGUGAAACAAGUGAAAAUGGCAGAGGAAGCAAGACAGAGGAAAGAUGAAAACGAAGAAACUCCCUCAAAAAGGACAACUUUGGCUCUGUUGAGACAAGGUCCAAUGCUGUAUUCGCCUGCCCCACAGGACAUCAGGAAUGGAGAAGAAGAUGAAGAGCAAGCUGCGACAGACUUGUUCCUCUCACAGAGUGGCUCUGAGCAAGGAGGUAAUGGAGAGAAGGAAACAUGUAUAGCUGUCACUUGGUCUGGUGGAAGAGUGGAUAUCGGUUUGGAAGUGGAAAGGCCUGAGCCACGAUGGUUUAGCUCAAGGGAUCCUUCUACAUCAACGCCUGUAAUACCCAUAAUUGAAUCCAUUCUCCUUUCCUUCCCUCAAUCGGACCUUGAAAGCAUCGAAGCCAAUGCACCUUCUUUCUUAUCUGAUCCAAUGUACGGCGGUGUAUUUUAUGUGCAGCAUAUCUUUGGUGUAGACUCUAUAAAUAUCAAUUCUUGGCUGGAUGAACUUAGAAGUGGCGAUGCGGAGGGCGAGUUGCUAGGCAGCGAGGUAGUUAGGUUAGUGGAAUCAGGAGGGUCACCAGUGAAACCUAUAGUUGGGAUUGUGAAUUUCUGCAACAUAACCUUGGGCUACGGUCUUGUCGCCCUUGCUGCCUCGGGCCAAGUGGCGUCUGUUGAACUAGACCUCAAAGUCGCCGAUGUCCCAGCUAUUACCUCGGGUGCGACAACUACCGAUAGAACAACAACAGCGGUCGACCCAGAUUCACAGUCAUUAUUACUUGCUAAGCCUCUCGAUUUCGACAAAUUUGUUCAAUCGAUCCGUAAACCUGCCACACCUUUUAACCCGAUGGGCGUCUUGCGACAAAGAAUUCCUGACUCUUCCAAACCUGCAAGCACAAUCAAUCCGGAACAUCUGCGAGUGCUUGGUGAGAUAUCAAGCCAAUUUACCAAUCGUACACAAGCCAUUCGAUCUGCUUCUCAAUCGAUAGAAAAUCGAUUAGACCUCGAAGUCCAAGAGUUACAACGUCAGAUUAAACUGUUGAGAGACUGUCAAGACAAGGUCGCCUCUCUCAAGAAGAAUAUCGCUAUCUCUCGUGCUGAAGAGCUUUUAGACAAACAAGACAGAUUAGCAUCUAGAUUGGAUGGAAUCGUUGUCAAACUAUCAGAGGAGUUUAGACCUGAAGUGGGGGAAAUGGAGCGAAAAUGGUUCGAUGAGCUUGAAAGACUGAAAGUUAGAGUCAGGGGCGGAGGAGUUGUCAGUAAGGGAAGAGCGUUAACGACUAAAACUCAAAUACUCAAGGAGCAAUUGGCAGCUGUGAAGCCUGUUUUGCUGGAGAGUCAAACUCGCCAAGAAGAGGAGGAACCGCAAAGUAAGAUGUAUGGUAGUAAACAAUUGAAACCUCUGGAAGCUGCUUUAAGUGCUAGGUCGGAAGAGCUUCGACGGCUGAUAAGGAGAAUGGAGAUGCUGGAUAUGAGGGUGGACUCAUAUUCUGGAGCGGAUGAUGACUGA